AGUUCACAAGUUGUUAAACUUUUCCUCCUACCAGUAUUUCAGUGGCACUUUCUUGAUUAACUUUAGGCGCUCCAGUGUGUUCAUAUUGCCACUUGGUGACGUGCAAUGGCUCCUUUCGGAAGAAACUUUCUAAAAGCGCGUUUGAAGAGCAGGUCUAAGGUUGUAGAAGAAACUCCAGGGAAAGAAAUCCAGGUGCUGGUAUGUCAGGAAGAAAAAGUAGUCUGUGGUGUGAUCAAGCACACAACCUGUGCUGAUGUGGUUAAGGCUUUAUUGGAAGACCACAAGACUCUACCAGAGAGUAAGAGGCUCUUACAUGGAGAACCUAAAGACUUCUGCAUCUUGGAGAGGUGGAAGGGAUUUGAGAGGGCUUUGCCUCCUCUCACUCGAAUUCUCCGGCUAUGGAACGCUUGGGGUGAUGAGAGACCUUCCAUAAAGUUUGUCCUGGUAAAGACCAGUGAAUUUGUGCCAUCAUCCAAGGGAACCAAGAGGAUGUCAAAGUCUCGGGGAGUGAGAUCUAAGAGACGGGACCAGGGACCUUCACAGUACGCCAAGACCGUAUCUGCAGAGAAGCAAAAGCGCAUGGUGAAGAAGGCCUUUCGCAAAUUGGAGAAGAUUCAGAAAGGAGAGAUAUCAGAAGGCUCUGAAGAAAUCAACAAGUUGGUGCAGUUGAUCAUCUCCCAGGACCAGACCAUCCGGCAACAGAUUCACAAUAUGCGCAAGUUAGAUCUGGAUAUUGAAAGUGUGGAGCAACAGCUGAGGAACAGCCCCACACCCUGCUCCAGCCUCACAGAGAGUGCAGACGGUGAGUCGCUGACCCCGUCCAUGUCCCAAUUUGAGGACCAGCUGCAGGUGUACAUCUACACCAGUGAUGGAAUAGAGCAACUAAAACUGCAUUUGUGCAGACACCAAGAACUCAUUGACCAGCUUUCUCAAGACAUUGAAUUGGAACUAAAGAGCAGUGCUUGGAUCUCUGAUUCAGAUGAAUUGAAAGGAGCUGCAGCUGCUAGUCCAGAACUGGAUCUGAAAUUAGGCCUCUCCUUGUCAUCCUCAGAUCUUUUAGAGCUAGAAAGCUUACGCAAUGAACUUGAGUCUAGCAUGCGAGCAGGGCUCUCGCUCUAUGCCCAAACCCAUGAAAUCGAGAAGGAAAUACAGCAGAACAAAACAGCCCUGCAAUCGCAGGACCAAGAAUACCAGCAUCUUGUUGCCCAACUCAGUGCACUGGAACUGGGGGCCUGUCCAGACCAGUCAAGCUCUGUAUCUUUGAAGAGCCAGAUCAGGGCUACUGUCUCUCAGCAAACAGUCAGCAAAGUGAGACAGACAUGCUCCCCUACAGAUGCAAUAGACACUGAUUCAGACACUGGAAUAAGCUCUACUCAUAGUCAGGACUCACUGUCCACCUACAUGGACAGGUCACCUCCUCUGGACACAGAUGUUUAAACAAGCUGGACAAACAACCAAACUGAACAAGUAUGCUUUAAUUCAUACUGCAUUUAAUGACUCCAACAAAAAGCACAAUGCAUAACAACCAUUUAUUGUGCCGUUAAAGUUACAAAUAUAUUACAUAGUAAUAGUGCAGCUUUGGAAGCAUAUAUAAAAUUGACUGUUUAAGUGAAUUAUGUCUAUCGUCUUAUGUUUUUUUUCAAAAUGAUUAGAACUCAUAUUCUCUUAAAGCCCAAAUUAAAUAUGUGAAAGUCUUUACAAAGUUUGACAAAUUUCCACAAAAGAAAUAAAUAAAUACAAAUCUUUUGGGUUCAACUAUAGAAAGUGACCCUCUAGUUUUGUUUGAAUUUCAAAAUUAUUCUGAUGAUAUUUAUUAAGCCCAAAUGUUCCACAAUUUGAAAUCAACAUAGUGUACUUUCAUAAUACUUUCUUCCUAAUAAUGAUGCACUUACAAAAAAGCAACCAAUUGGCCCGGUUGCUAGGGAGGGUAGAGUCACAUGAGAUAACCCCCCCUCGUGGUUGCUAUAAUGUGGUUCUCGCUCUCGGUGGGGCACAUGGUGAGUUGUGCGUGGAUGCCGUGAAGAAUAGCGUGAGCCUCCACACGUGCUAGGGCUCUGCGUUAACAUGCUCAACAAGCCAUGUGAUAAGAUGUGCAGAUUGACGGUCUCAGAUGCGGAGGCAACUGAGAUUCGUCCUCCGCCACCCAGAUUGAGGUGAGUCACUAUGCUCCACAAGGACCUAGAGCGCACCUGGAAUUGGGCAUGCCAAAUUGGGGAGAAACUUGUGAUGUGAAAAAGGCCUGUCACUUUGUUUUAAGAAAGUGAACAAUCUGUGAACAAAUUGUCCCUCAUUCCAUAUUUAUGCAAUACAAAGAUAUUGAUGUAUGUCAAAAACAUGUAACAUGAUUCCCUUAUCCCGUUCCAAACUCAAUGUUAUCUUUUUUCCGUGGUAUGUUAUUUUCCUAUUAAAAUCAUGGUUAGGUUUAGGUGUGGGUUUAAACUUAGGAAAAAACUAAAAACAUUGUUCAUUGGUUCAUUUAUUUUUUUCUAUGGCAGUAAAAGUUGUACAUUAUUUGUACAAGCCCACAUGUACGAUUUCUUAAGAUUUUGCCAUCUCGUACCAUUUGUUAAAACUUGUCAUGAGACCGGGUUGUUUGAAAAACUGGCAGCUGUUGUUGCCAGAAUAAUUAUAUAAAAAAAUACAGUAAAAAUGUAAACAACUUUACAGAACAACCUUUACAUUUUACAGUUUAAAACGGUUGUAAUUUCCAUGACCAUGUCACUGUAAAAAAAAAAAAAAAAUUUACAGAAAAAAACAUAAACUCGAUAUUAACCUUCUGAAACUGUAAAAAUCAGCUUUUCACUUUAUAAUGUUUUGUUAAUUACUGUAAAAAUGAGUUCACCAGCAGUGGCUCUUCCAUAAGCAAUGACCAAAACACAUGUAGAGACAGUGCUCAGUGUCACACACACAAACACAUCAGGGUAACACAAUUUCAAUUAUGCAAUAAACAUUAACUAAACUACAAUAAAUAUAAAACAGAACACCCCAAAGUACAUAACUGAUAUUAAAAAUAAGAAGAAACAUAAAUAUUCCCAUAAAACAAUGAAAUAGGAUGGGUCAUGCAGGGAAUUGCGGGAAUGCCCGAUUAUAGUUUUUUACUGUAAUUUUUACAAUACUUUACUGUAAAAAGUACAUGUACUCACAUGUUAAAAAUAAUGUCAAUUUUUUACAUUAAUCAUACAGGAAAACCAUAAUUUUUACAACAUUUUAUUGUAAAAUAAAUACUGUAUUGUCUUGUAAAAUAUAUAAAAACAAUCACUAUAUUUAACAGUUAGUAUUUGUUAAUCAGUUAACAUUUUAUUUCUGAAAAUUGCAGACAUUUUUUACAGUGUACAGAGUUUAGUUAUCUAGAUUAGCUAAUAAGACAUUUUACCCUCAAGACAUUUUUUAAGAAAAUAAAUUAAUGCUAUCUUUGUAAAUAGGUCAAUAGCAUUAUAAAGAUCAAAGAACAUAACAUUGUUUUAUAUUAAAACUUCAUACUUUCAAAAUGUACAGCAAAAAUGAACACAACUGCACAGAUUGCAAACUAUAAAGAUAAUUUAUGAUGUAUCACAUAUGAAUGCAUAAUUUAUUGUUAUCUUUAAAAAAAUAUAUUUUGAAUUAAAAUAUACUAUAUUCAAAUGUAUUAUAAACUGUAUUACUUUGUAUUUUCCACCACACCGAGAGCUUUUUUUAGCACAGCAAAUGUGAUGUGAUGACAUUUCCUCCAAUGUAAUUGCAAAGAUGUGUUAUCAACAGUCAUUUCUAGUGUGGCACAUUGUAACUUGUUCACUGAAAGUUGUGGUUUCACAUUCCCCUUGCAGCUAAAGUGGUAUAUGACACUUAGAGAAAUAAUCAAUUUUCAUGCUGGUACAAAUGCGGAAUAUAUUUUAGGAAAACUUUUGUACAUAGCAUUCAUCAGUGCCAGUAAAGUAAUUUUGCUUCAAGUAAUUGCCUAAUUUCUCCUUUCUUUAAAACUGUGAACAGACUAAGAAGCCCCAUUAGAGUGUGGUCUCAUUACUACAUUGAAUUAAUGCAUGGUCUUGAAAGCCAAGUUCCUGAGUGGUGACAGCAUGUUACACCGUUGUCGUACAGCAUGACUCAUAACAAAUGGGAUUUUUAAAAUAAAAGUUCCUUGUAAUGCAAAACAAGUGGUUUAAAAAAAAGCUGCAUUAUGCAGGAGGCCUUGGUUUUUCAGAGGGUGUUAAUGAAGCCUUGCUUCAUUGGAUCCAUCUGAGUGCUGGCUUCGCACUGAGAUAAUAACCGAAAUCUCCUUCGUUAGCUCUGAUCCAACACAACAUCCACUGCAGGGUGUAGGCAAUACAAAGUCAGAAGGCUCUUUAAUGUCUUCACUGGCAACAUCAUGACUUGUUUACCUCCGCUGUCAAUUCAGGAGGAACCAGAGUGCUGCCAGGACUCUGCCACAUUACAAAACGGCCAUAAUUACCUGGGCGAAAACAGCAAUUACUGACUUUUAUCUCUCUACUGCAGUGUUUGUAUUUCCAGCACUAACAAUUACACGGGCCAAUUCUACAGUAAUUAAACAGCUCUUUAAGAUUGUGUAAGGGAAGGUACCACAAUGAACUUUCAAUUACGAUGACAGUAGUAUACUAUCAGGCACUUUGGAUUAAAAUGAGGGUGAUGACAUCAUAAUAGGGGGCUCUGAUGUAGAGGAAUUCAGGAUAUUUGCAUGGGUAAGUAAUUUUACCCCUUAAGCCGUCAUGUAACAAGACACUUGUAGUUUCCUUCACUACAAGGAGCCUGUCCAACUCACGUUUCAUAAAAACAUAUUGUGGUUUCCUUUUUCACAAGGAUUAUCUUGAUCAAUACAAAAAGACCUGCCUUGACAUUUCCUGAUUAUGUUUUUUAUUAUUAUUAUUAUUUCCCCUUAAAUCAACAAUUUGUAAGUUAAUGUUGCACUCAUAGAUACCAAUUA